UGAACAUUCUCCUUUGUUGUUUGGUGUGAGAUUUGGCAUUAGUAAGAUAUUUUUCGUUUUUAUUUUUGUUAGCUGUUGAAAAUGUUUUCUACAUUUCGCUGAAGACCAGGUGAAUGUGAUAGGUAAUUCAUGUGAUGCCAUCGUAUCAAAAUCAACGGCAGAAAAAGGCUUGCUGGAAUUCAGCAUCUCAAUGGGGUGCAAUUUCGGACUCUAACGGUUACAUUUUACGUUAAAAAUAUUCGCCGAACACGAAAAUAUGAGCAGCAAAAGGACAUUGGUUAAACAAAAAGUGACUUACGGGUCCGCGGGAGAUGGAAAUUUGCAUGAAAGUGACGAAGAUUUCUCAGGUAAACGAAACCCAACGAAACGAGUGUCGUUUGAUAGCCAUGAACUGAGCGACUCCGAUUCUGAUGCAGAGAAUUCUCUUGGAAGGAUUAAUCGCUCCUCUGCAGGGCCAGCUGGUGAUUCUCUUGACGGGUUGUUCAGAGAAUCAAGUCCUAAAGACAGGCAACGAUCUGAGGAGUCAAUAAAAGGAAAUUCGAUAGAGAGGCAAGGCUCAAAAGAUAAAUAUUCACGUCGCGAAGACAAAGAACAACCACGACCUGCCCCAAGACCUCGUCCCACUAUUGCAGCGAGAAGGUCUAAUUUUGAAGGUCACUCAGUCACUACAUCACAGCAAUCAUCAGAUGAAGAUAGUGACAAUUUGUCUGCCAUAACUUGGCCAAUGAAAACAAAGGAAACAAAGGAAGCAAAAGACAGACACCCAGUUCCACCUCCAAGGACAUCGCCACGACAACAUCAAGAAAAGAGUUCAUCAUCUGACAUGGUUUCACCUAGGCCUGUGCCAAGAUCAAGGCCUCCUUUGUCCUCUAGAGAAGGAAACAUGAAAUUAUUUCAGAAAGACCCAGAUGUUGAUGAAUACGAAAGGACUAAGCAUUUAGAGAGAGAUUCUGGAGUUCACGAAUAUGAAAAGACUAAAAAUACUCCAGAUAAACCUAUACCUCCUUUAAGAAGGAAAAAGACAUUCGAAGAAACACAAGAAAAUCACACUAGAGCCAAAAUUCCCAUAGUAAGAACUUCUACAUUUGAGAAUGAUGGACCAUUUCUGGAUAAAAAUGAUACAGCAGAAAUUGAUCAAGCGGGAAACUUAAGACAUGGCCAAUCGCAGAAGGUUAAAGGUCGACCUCUGAUUUCAGUAGCAAGGUCUGACUCUUCUGAGGAAAGUGAAGAUGAUUCAAGAAAGAUUAAUAGAACAGGUCUGGUUGGUAGUAAAAAGUAUUUUGAGGAAGAGCAGAGUCACGACAGGACAUUCGGAGACCCCAAGGAGGAAUCUGUACCACCAAGGGUACCGCCAAAGCCAUCGCCUCGAAGUCGCAUGAUGUUUGACAAUUCUAUGAAAAAUCAUGAACCAUCUGAAGAGGAAGGCAAUCAUGUAAAAUGCUCAGGAAGUACUCCUUUGUUGAAAAAAUCGUCAAGUCUUGAGACACUGCCGUCCAAACAGGGUUCACUUGCAAACAAGAAAGCACUUUCUGGAUCAAAAGAACAAGGGGUUCAGAAGGUACAACUGAAAAAAAGUCUCACUCCACAGAGACCCAUGAGUGCUAAAAAAGGUUCCUUGAUGACCAAGCUGAAGGCACAAUCAGAUAUAACAAAUACUUUUGAAGAGCAUGUUCCUUCAACAGCAGAGAACAUUAUUGGAAUCCAAGAUGAUAGAGUUUUUAAAAAGAAAGGUGCAUCAGAUUUUGAUUCAGGUGGUGGUAGGUCAGGACCCCUAAGGGCCAACCAAGCAAUUAGCACAAUGACCCGAUCACCACACCCUAGAGAAACACCUACAGACUUUUGGAGAGGCACUAAAAGUGCUACUCAUGGCAGCACUUUAACACCAAAGAGAUCCUCAUCAAUGACAAAUUUAAGAGGUGCAAGUCCAGAUUCCUGGAGUGAAAUGGGCAGUGAGAGGGUAUCACAAAAUGGUGGCUUGAUGGACACUGCAAUAAUACGUCAGGCAGUGUUUGACGAGUGGAGGACAAAGAAAAGUGAAAGAUUGAAGGAACAGCUGGCCAGCAAGGCUGCUGAGAAGAAAAAGCUUGAGGAGAAAGAAAAGGAAGAACAUGAACGUAAAAAAAUGGCAAAGAGAGCAUUUGAAUCCUGGAAUGAACAGAAACAAGAAGAAAACAAAGGAAAGAAUGCCAAGAAAAAAGAGUUGAGGGAAAAAGAGCUAGAAAAGCAAAAGGAGAAAAACCUUAAAGCUAGAGAUGCCAAAAAGUACUUUGAAUCUUGGAAAGCAAAGAAAGAUGAAGAACUUAAAGAAGAACAUCAGAAAAAGAAAGAGGAACAGCACAACAAGAAAAAGAAGGAAGAAGAAGAAAAGCAAGAAAAAACCUUGAGUGCACAAAAAGUUUAUGAAAAUUGGAAAAAGAACAAGGAUGAGAAGAUAAAAGAAGAGUUGAAGAAAAAAAAGAAGGAAGGACUUGAUAACACCAUGAAGGAAGAAGAGGAGAAGUAUGAGAGAAGUAUUCAGUGUGCAGAACGGUAUCAGGCUUGGGUGGAGAAAAAGGGGAAACCACAGAGAGGUCCUCCCCCACCAACACUGACACAAAGGAGCUGGUGCCCAAGUGGCAGAAAGUCAAACAAUUGCAUUCCAGAAAAAGUUGGGGGUGUGAUUCAGGCACCCUCUCCCAACAGAUCACGAACCAUGUCAGGAUCAUAUUACUUCAAGACUAACAAGUUUUAACCCACAAAAUGAUAACAGUGCUGGACUUGGCUAAAAUGUGAACACAUUUUAAUAUACCUGUUUUUUUGUUUUUUGUUUUAUUCUGUAUAGUACUAUGGCUUACUUAGUUGUUUGUUAUUUGUUUUAUGACUCAGAUGUUUAGAGCAUCAUUGAACAUUAUGGGAAAUCACACUUAGUACAGUUAUACUUUUAAUUAUUUAUUGUUAAUUUUAUUUCAAACCAAAUUCAUGAUCACUAGAAAAGUUGUAACAUUAUUGUAAUUGUGACUUCAGUGGACUAUUUUAAAACAUAUACCACUUCUAACAUUAUUAUAUAUGUUGGACUAGUAAGCUAAGUUUAUUAAAUCAUAUAGUGUUCAUUGGUGGUAAAAUAAAAAUUAAUACCAGUACAUAUUUUUAAAAGGUCCAUAAUUUCAGAAACUGGUCAGCUGAAAUGUUCUGUACAUUGUAAUACUGAUGGUUAAAAUCUCAGUAGAUGUAUUUAAAUGUGUUUCAGUCAAUUCAUGAUUCAUUUUCAACAGAAUGCAUCAAACAUAUAUUACUUAUAACUAAUACACAUUGCUAUUGUCAAAACAUGUCAAAACAAUUAAGCAAGAUUAUGAAAAGUAAUUUUGCUUGAUACCAUGUACGUGAUUUUGUAGUGUGGUAUUGGGUGGGAGUCGUUCUAAAAUUAUACUAGGCUGCCCAACUCUCUGCCAAGACAUGGGCACAACAUCAGUAUUGUAAUCACUGGAGCUGUAAGUCAAUAUUUGUCUAGUAAAAGUGUAUGUAGGGCACAAAGGAAAUAAAAUUUAACUGAGUUU